AGUGGGUUGUCCUUCGAAGGAAAAGUUUUAGCUUGAAACCUCCCCACCGGAAGUGGUCGUGUGUCGCCCCGUGCAGCUUGACGCGGCUCUGCCCCGCAGCUCGGGCGCGCAGUGGCCGCAUCAGAUUUGCUGGAGUCUACCUGGGAGCGGACGGGGCGCGCACCUGAGAGCGCGGUGCGCCUUCGAUCGCCUGCGCAAAAAAAAAAAGCUAAACAGAAAAACCAAAGUCUGCUCGCUUUGAACUUUCUUCGUUCAGACAUUGAUGAAACGGAAGUGAACCGGCGCACUUUGGGCAGCGGGUUGAAUUAUUAACUCGGCAACUCGAUGCGCAGUCUGGUUGUUUUACGCAGAGGCGCUGACACGGGCCGGUAGCUGACAACAGGCCCACGGGUGAUUUUUAAAAACGUAUUUGGUUCAUUUUUUCUUCUUCUUCUUCUUCUUCUUGUCCAUGUUAUUUGCGCCGGUUGUGCUGUGAUCAUGCCCGGAGCGGAGAGCCGGCUGGAGAGCCGGCUGAACAAGCUGGAGUCCCUGAUGAGGAACCCGCAGUCGGCACUCAACCUGGAAACACUGCUGGACUCUGUGAACGCAUUGGCUAAUGAUUUGAACUAUCCUGCCCUGCGGAAGAACAAAAACAUCGAGUCGUUUCUGAACAGAUAUGAAAAGGCCGUGAGUCAGCUGCGGGAGCUGCAGGUGAAGCUCGAAGACUUUGAAAAGGUGAAGUUGAUCGGGAGAGGAGCCUAUGGAGAAGUGCAGCUGGUCCGACACAAGGCCUCUCACAAGGUUUACGCCAUGAAGCAGCUGAACAAAUUUGAGAUGAUCAAGCGGUCCGACUCUGCCUUCUUCUGGGAGGAGAGGCACAUCAUGGCCUUCUCCAACAGCCCCUGGGUGGUGCAGCUGUGCUGCGCGUUCCAAGACGACCGUCACCUCUACAUGGUGAUGGAGUUCAUGCCGGGAGGCGACCUGGUGACGCUCACCAUGAACUACGACAUCCCCGAGAAGUGGGCUUGCUUCUACACGGCCGAGGUGGUGCUGGCGCUCAACACCAUCCACUCCAUGGGCUUCAUCCACCGCGACGUGAAACCCGACAACAUGCUGCUGGACCAACACGGACACCUCAAACUGGCCGACUUUGGCACGUGCAUGAAGAUGGACUCGACGGGCAUGGUGCACUGUGACACGGCGGUGGGCACACCCGACUACAUCUCCCCUGAGGUGCUCCAGUCUCAGGGAGGCGAUGGUUACUACGGCCGGGAGUGUGACUGGUGGUCUGUAGGAGUAUUUAUCUACGAGUUGCUGGUUGGUGAAACUCCCUUCUACGCCGAGUCUUUGGUCGGAACUUAUGGGAAGAUCAUGAACCACAAGAACACGCUCAUCUUCCCGGACGAUGUGGAGAUGUCUCAGGAUGCCAGAGACCUCAUCUGUGCCUUCCUCACUGACAGGACGGUUCGCCUAGGCCGCAGCGGAGUGGACGACAUCAAACGCCACCCCUUCUUCAAGAACGACCAGUGGACGUUUGACAACAUCAGAGAAACUGUGGCCCCAGUUGUGCCAGAGCUGAACAGUGACAUAGACACCACUAACUUUGACGACAUACAGGAAGAUAAAGGAGAUGCUGAGACCUUUACUCCACCCAGAGCCUUUGUGGGCAACCAGCUGCCAUUUGUCGGCUUCACUUACUUCAAGGAGGACCAGCUGCUGAAGGGAAGCAACGGCGGCUCAGUGGAGGACAUAGAGGACUGUAAGGAGAACUCUGAGGAUAAGGAAUAUUGCUCCGAGAGUAAGAAAGAGCUGCAGAAAAAGCUUCAUCAGCUGGAGGAGCAGCUCGACCAUGAGAUGCAGGCCAAAGAUGAGCUGGACCACAAGUGCAAAAAUGCAACCAACCGUUUAGACAAGCUGGUGAAAGAAUUAGAUAAGGAGAUGAAUAGCAGGCAGAAAGUCGAGGCCUCGCUGAGGCAGCUGGAGAGAGAGCGAGCCCUGCUGCAGCACCAGAGCGCGGAGAACCUGCGCAAGGUGGAGAUGGAGUCGGACAGGAAGCGCGGCCUGGAGAAUGAAUUGAACAACCUGAGGGAUCAGCUGGAAGAUCUUCGGAAGAGGAACCAGAAUUCCCAGAUAUCCAGCGAGAACAACAUCCAACUGCAGAAACAGCUCGAGGAGGCCAACGCCGUGCUUCAGGCGGAGCAGGAGGCGGCGGCGCGGCUGAAGAGGAGUCAGGCAGAGGUGCAGAAACAGGCUCAGAGCCUGGAGGUCAGCCUCAGGGAGAUGCAGGAGAAGUGCAGCCAGAUGGAAAACGGCAAGAUGGAGCUGGAGAAGCAGCUGAUUGGGCUGCAGGCCGAGCUGGAGAAGGAGAGGAGGGACCUGAACGUCAGGACGGAAACGAUUACCGACCUCCAGGGACGUAUCUCUGGUCUGGAGGAAGAGGUGAAAGAGUUGAAGUCGUCGCUCUCCAGGGUCCAGUCUGAGAAGAAGCAGCUACAAGAGAAGUUCAAUGACCUCGAGAAGGAAAAGAGCAACCAAGAGAUCGACCUGACGUUCAAGCUGAAGUCGCUGCAGCAGAGUCUGGAGCAGGAGGAGGCCGAGCACAAGGCCACCAAAGCCAAGCUGGCCGACAAGAACAAGAUCUAUCAGUCAAUCGAGGAGGCAAAGUCUGAGGCCUUUAAAGAGGUGGAGUGCACCCUGCACGAGGAGCGCAGCUUGAAGCUGCAGGUGGAGGGCAAAAUGCUGCAGCUGGAGAGGGACCACUCCAUGCUGGACUGCGACUACAAGCAGGCGCAGCACAGACUGGAUGAGAUGCAGGCACAGAAGGAGAAACUCUCUGAACAGGUGAAGAGCUUGAGCUUGCGUCUGGAGCAGGAGAUCCACAAGCGAAGUCUGAGCCAGAGCGAGCUGAAGAUGCAGAACCAGCAGGUGUCGGUGCUCCGCUCCUCGGAGAAGCAGCUCAAGCAGGAGGUCAACCACCUGCUGGACAUGAAGCAGAUCCUGGAGAAACAGAACCAGGAGCUGCGCAGGGAGAAGCACGAGGCCGACAGCCAGCUGAAGGAACUGAAGGACCAGUUGGAGACAGAGCAAUAUUUCACAACCCUUUACAAGACACAGAUCCGUGAGCUGAAGGACGAGUGUGACGAGAGAAAUAAGAUGUGCAAUCAGGCACAACAUCGACUGGCAGAAUUUCUGGAGGAGAGGGAUUCGAUGACCGCACAGCUGGAAGCCAGUUUGACCAAGGCGGACUCGGAGCAGCUGGCUCGCUCCAUCGCUGAGGAGCAGUACUCCGACCUGGAGAAGGAGAAGAUCAUGAAGGAGCUGGAGAUCAAAGACAUGAUGGCGAGACACAAGCAGGAGCUCGGCGACAAGGAGUCCACCAUCAGCUCGCUGGAGGAGUCGAAUCGCACCCUGACAGUGGACGUAGCCAACCUGGCCAGUGAGAAAGAGGAGCUCAACAACCAGCUCAAAGAAAUGCAGCAACAACUCCAGAAAACCAAGGAGGAGGAGAAGCAGAUGAACUCGGUCAAACUGUCCUUUGAAAAGCUGCUGCAGAAUGAAAGGACGCUAAAAAUUCAGGCUGUCAACAAGCUGGCGGAGGUGAUGAACAGGAGGGAGACGAUGCGGGGAGGCGGCCGGAGCAUCGACACCGGGGUGCACAGGAAGGAGAAGGAGAACAGGAAGCUGCAGCUGGAGCUGAGAACGGAGAAGGAGAAGCUCAACAGCACCAUCAUCAAAUACCAGAGAGAGAUGACGGAUAUGCAGGCGCUCAUAGCAGAGGAGAACCAGGUGCGCCUGGAGCUCCAGAUGGCGUUGGACAGCAAGGACAGCGACAUCGAGCAGCUCCGAUGCCAGAUCACCUCCCUGAGCGUUCACUCCCUGGACUCCACCAGCAUCAGCAGUGGCAACGACCUGGACGUGGGCGACGGAUAUCCAGUGCGCAUUACUCAAUCCCACACCUCCGAAUCAAUGUCCUUCAGCUACCAGCGCACGCACAAAUCCGUCUGCAUCGACACCCGCCCUAACCUUCACUCGGCCCGUCCUCUCUUUGACUCUGACUCUGAGGAUGAAGGAGAAUAUGACAGGCCGUUGGAGCAGGGCCGCCGUCCCCUGGCCCUCGCCUACGAGCAGCCCUCCGAGUCUGAACCUGCAGAUGCCAGGCUGGAGGGUUGGAUUGCACUUCCUACAAAGAACACAAAGCGGUUUGGCUGGGACAAAAAAUAUGUAGUGGUGAGCAGUAAAAAGAUUCUGUUCUAUAACAGCGAGCUGGACCGAGAGCAGGCCAACCCUUUCAUGACCCUGGACAUUGAUAAGCUGUUUCAUGUCCGACCUGUCACUCACACUGAUGUAUACCGUGCGGAUGCCAAAGAAAUUCCAAGGAUAUUCCAGAUCCUGUACGCCAACGAAGGUGAGAGCAAGCGGGAGCAGGAGGUCGUAGUGGAGCCCACGCCGUUCGGCGACCGCCCCUCCUACAUCAGCCACAAGGGCCACGAGUUCAUCCUCACGCUCUACCACUUCCCGUCCAGCUGCGAGGCCUGCACCCGGCCGCUGUGGCACGUCUUCAAGCCGCCGCCCGCCCUCGAGUGCCGCCGCUGCCACACCAAGUGCCACAAGGACCACCUGGACAGAAAGGAGGAGGUCAUCGUGCCCUGCAAGGUGAACUACGACAUGUCGACUGCCAAAGAGCUGCUUCUGCUGAGCAACUCUCAGGAGGAGCAGCAGCGCUGGGUCAGCCACCUCCUCAAACGCAUCCCGAGGAAACACCCGACAAUGAGUCCCCCCUCUGCCGCGCAGAACAACCCUCCCGAGGCGACGUCGCGCUCCUCCCCGCGGAUCUCGCCGCGGCCCUCGCCCAGGGGUUCGCCUCACCUGUCGUCCCACCGCGGAGCCAUAAAGAUCCAGCCCAGCAGACAGCAGCAGCAGUCAGGGAAGACCAGCAAUGGCCCCAUGCUCCGCAUCAUCCUCCACUGACCCCUGACCUCUUCACCUCUGACCCCCCCCCCCCUCCACCUUUCUAACGUCUCUCAUGCUGGGAGACUGUAAGUAGCAGAGCUUUGUGUGUGUGUGUGCGCGCGUCUCCGCCCGCCAUAGUGCUGUGCUGUCGUGCCCGUUAACCCUCUCUGCAUAACCAGUGGCAUUCAGUCACCCGUCAACCACUCACUGCCCCCUGGUGAACGUGCAAGGCACUGCCCCCAACACAUUGUGAAGCACUAAAGGCCUCUCUGACCCCUCGGUGACCUUCAUUACUGUUUCAGAUUGCUUGAGUUUGGCCUGAAAGAUUGGAGUUGGUCGUUGGAUGAUGACGAUAUUGAUGAUGAUGAUAUGUUCUUCUGAAGAAGUGAAAGAGGGGGGACAGAGGGUAACCGGACCACUGCAUGAACUGUGUGUGUUUGCAGUUUCUAGGAGGCCUGUGUGUGAUUUUGUUUGAUAUAGAUAUAUAUAUAUAUAUAUAUAUAUAUUUUUUUUUUGUGAGUACCAAAUUUGCCACAGUGCAAAUCAUGAACACUGUGAUCAGAUGUUAUCAUUUUUACAAGAAUGGUUUGACUUAAAGGAUACAAAUAUGAUGUUUGCACAAAAAGCAGAGAGCUUUGGGAAUAAUCUUGAUCCGGAUAUUUGCAAAGUCAAAUAUUAACAAGAUAGUUUUUCGUUUUGAAAGGUAAGCACAUUGUUCUUCUUGGUGGGAGUUGGAUAAAAAACCUCAAACCACCCUCAUGCCUGUUAAAGUAAAGCUACAACCAGCAGCUGGUUAGCUUAGCUUAGCAUAAACACAUUUCUUUUCUGCAAAAAAAAAACAUAUUUUCAAAUUAUUGGUUGUAUAUUUCACUAAUUUUACAGACCAAGACUAUUCCCUUAUCAGUUUGGGUCUUUAUGCAUAUUUUACUUGUGCAUUGCGUUGGAACGCUUCCUUGUCUAAUACUUUUUGAUUUUGUGUGGGCGUGUCUUUGAAGUCCUGCUCUGGUAUCAGCCCAGGUUUUAAUAUCAUGUUCUGUCUCUCUCUCUCUUCACAGUUAACCCUGGCUGAUCAAAGAUCGGCCGAAGAGACUGAAAAUGAAAAAAAUAAAAA